GUGCAGAGUUGGUUAUCAAAUCAAGAUCAGCGAUUUCUAUUUACAAAGUUGAAUCAAACCUCUAUUUAAGCUUACACAAAAAUCGUUGUCAUGCCAGUUGGCUUUUGUGACCGUCGUCGUCGUUAUGGUGAAAUUACAGCUGUUAGCUCUAGUGCUGUUUGCCUGCUAUGCAGGUAGCAAUGCACUCUGGAAUCCAUACGUGAAACUUAUGAAGGGAUCGGCUUCUCCGCGUCGACCAGGUGAAAGUGGAGAACCAUUGUUCCUGACCAAACUGUUGCAGGACGGAAAGAUCGAGGAAGCUCGCAACAAGGCCCGUGUUAACCAUCCCAUGCUGGGAUCGGUCGAGAGUUAUUCCGGUUUCAUCACCGUCGAUGCCAAACACAACUCAAAUCUGUUCUUCUGGUACGUCGCGGCCAAGAACAACCGUGAACAGGCACCCCUCCUAGUUUGGUUGCAAGGUGGCCCAGGCGCUUCGUCCCUCUUUGGAUUGUUCGAAGAGAAUGGACCGUUCCACAUCCACAAGAACAUGUCGGUCAAGCAUCGGGAAUUCUCCUGGCACCAAAACCAUCACAUGAUCUAUAUCGACAACCCAGUCGGAACUGGAUUCAGCUUCACCGAUAACGAUGAAGGUUACUCCACCAACGAAGAACAUGUCGGUGAAAACCUGUUGAAAUUCAUCCAUCAGUUCUUCAUCAUGUUCCCGAACCUUCUCAAACAUCCCUUCUACCUUGCUGGUGAAUCAUAUGGUGGAAAAUUCGUCCCUGCCUUCGGCCAUGCUAUUCACAAUUCCCAAAACCAACCCAAGAUCAACCUUCAGGGAUUGGCUAUUGGUGAUGGUUAUACCGAUCCGUUGAACCAGCUCAACUACGGAGAGUACCUCUACGAGCUGGGUCUGAUCGAUUUGAACGCCAGGCAGAAAUUCGACAAGGACACGGCUGCCGCCAUCGCCUGUGCUGAACGUAAGGACAUGCCAUGCGCCAACCGACUGAUUCAGGGUCUGUUUGACGGUAUCGACGGCCAGGAAUCGUUCUUCAAGAAGGUAACCGGAUUCGAUUCCUACUACAACUUCAUCAAAGGCGACGAAGAUAAAGAUAGCACGCUGAUUGACUUUCUCAGCCACCCGGAGGUGCGCAAGGGAAUCCACGUCGGUGAGCUACCGUUCCACAAUAUCGAGGAAAACAACAAGGUAGCGGAAAAACUAUCCAAUGACCAGCUGGAUACGGUAGUCCCUUGGGUUAGCGAACUGCUGUCGCACUAUCGGGUACUGUUCUACAACGGUCAGCUGGACAUCAUCUGCGCCUAUCCGAUGACGGUCGACUUCCUGAUGAAGAUGCCCUUCGACGGGGAUAACGAGUACAAACAGGCCAACAGAGAAAUCUACCGGGUCGACGGGGAGAUCGCCGGUUACAAGAAGAAGGCUGGCCGUCUGCAGGAGGUGUUGAUUCGAAACGCUGGCCAUAUGGUGCCGAGAGAUCAACCGAAGUGGGCCUUCGAUAUGAUCAGUUCGUUCACGCAUCAGAAGAACGUGUAAGAUGUUACUGA